UGUCCACCUAAUCCAGGCGGAGGGUUAUUACACCUUCAUUACAGCACGGUCUCCGACAGCACCGGGCUCUAGUAAAUAGCCUGUCAGGUGCCGCAAAUCUGUAGACAUAGAGAUAAUUUUUAAAAAAAAGAAAAAAAAGAGGAAGAAAUAUAUAGCGAGGAGACACCUCUCAGUGGCAGAUUCAAACUCAGUGCUCCUCCUAGGAUAUAUAGGCAGGCAAACGCCACAAUAACCAACCAAAGGCUGCCAGAGGGUAGAGAGGAGCGCAGAAGGCACAUCCACAUCCAUCUGCCAGCCACUUAGCACGCGCUAACAUUUCCAGUCCGGAUUAGAGCACAGCUGUCUCCCUGCUACCAGGAAAAUGUCUGCCCCAGCCGCCGGAGCCCCUGCACCCGAGGGAGGGAAUCAGCCCCCUCCCAACCUCACCAGCAACCGCCGUCUGCAGCAGACACAGGCACAGGUGGAUGAGGUGGUGGAUAUCAUGCGUGUAAAUGUGGACAAGGUUCUGGAGCGUGAUCAGAAGCUGUCAGAACUGGACGACAGGGCCGAUGCCCUGCAGGCUGGAGCCUCUCAGUUUGAGACCAGCGCUGCAAAACUGAAGAAUAAAUACUGGUGGAAGAAUGCCAAGAUGAUGAUUAUCCUGGGUGUGAUAUGUGUGAUUGUCCUCAUCGUCAUUAUUGUGUACUUCAGCACCUAAGAAGAAUUGCUCCUACCCCAGUCUGAUCCUAACUUCCUUGCUACAGAAAAAAAAACAAACCUCAAAUUGAUGACAAAAUUAACCGCAGAUGAUUAAUUUACUCUCUCUAUAUAUAAUUACAUCUCCCCAAUUAGCCUUGAUAUAACACCCCUAAACCCGUCAGGGCCCCCACGGCUCCCCCACUUCCACCACCUCGCCUCUGGACCCCUGUCAAUAUUUGUCCUGUGAGUGUGUGGCCCUGUCUCCUUUCUGGGUACUCUUGGCUUUUCUAACCUGCCAUACUGAGAACCAAACACUUGUGACGAUGCAUCAACAGAAAAGGAAACAACGAUUGGCGAUAAUUGUUACAUAACUGAUAUAUAUAUAGUUCUUUGUAGAGUUUUAUUCUGAUAUAUACCGUUUUGUAGGUGUGUGUGUGUGCGUGCGGUGCGUGUGCAUUUUGUACUUUUUAUUUUUUGUAUUAAUUUUACGUAUGCUUCAGCGGUAACUACUGCCUAUUAAUCGAAGUGUGUACUUUUUGCAUGUUUUUCAUCAUCUUUCCGUCCCCUUGCUUCUUCUCUCUUUUUGGUGUAUUUUUGCACAGUGGAGUUCGCCUCCAAUCAACUGGGAUACAAAUUUUCAUCUUGUCUGGGUUACUCGCAUCCAGCAAAACAAGCCAGAGAACUAAAACUUGCAUUUUUUUAAAAAAAAAGUGACAUCAAGUUACAGAAAUUGGAGCUAAUCCGCAGAAAAAACUGCCCUUAGAAAAUCUCCAGGUUACUCCUUGUUCGGCUCAGGAUUUCGAUAACUUGAUGCCGCGAAAAACAAAAAUCAAGUCUUAGCUUCUUUUAUGGCUUUUUGAGCGAUUUAACGCUCACUGAUAAUCCCUCAAGCGUACAAAUAAUGCAUGAAUUGUGAAACUGACCUAAUAAUCAUCACCCCUCCGGACCCCUUUCCAUGUAAUCCUCCCAUUAACCUCCAUUUCUCUUUUGAAAUUUCCCUCUUGAAUAACUUUCAUCUGUUGCGUCUUUUAUGCCCCCACCCCACCUUCUGUCUCUCGGCAUGCUUGGACACCUCAAUUUCUUGUGAUAAUUUCGAAACUGCCAUAGUACAUUUGGACCAAUGUCUGUAGAUGUUUCUUUUUUUAUUUAAAUAUUACGUAGUGUCUUAUUUCGAAAACAUUCCUUCAUUGCAGUCUAGUGCAAACGCUCUUACUGUAGCACAUGUAAGUGUAAGUAUCUUGAAAAAAAAAGUAACAAAAAAUGCGAUGAACCUAUUGUCGAAAACGUCAGUCGUGCAAACCACUGGAGAAAAAAGUUAAAUAGCUGUAAGGGUACAUUUUCAAUAGGCAGGAUUAGACUUUGAAACUGUCCAGAUUAUUUUUUUAGAGGUAUUAUCUUAACACACUUACACACUCACACUUAUAUUCUGGAGAUGUAUUCUGUGAAGGUACCGUUGUGUAAAUUGUUGAAUUCGCACACAGCAACGUUUCCCCAGUGUGGACACUAAAAGGCCUUAGUCUUAGUCUUCAGUCACUUUUUUUCAGUAAGUGUCAAUUAUUUCCAGUCACACAAUCUCCCCCCCCCCAUCCCCCUCACACUUUUAGUAGGUGUGGAGGGACUGCAGAAGAGGAGUCUGCUUCAAAUGCACAAGCUACCUUGUUUUUGAUGGCGCUGUCUGGCUCUUCCAUAGCCUGGUCAAAGCAGGUCCUGGUGCAGUAAAAAUCAAACAAACAAACAAAAAAAACCUCUCCACAUGAAGAGCACAUUAUAAAACAAGACAAUUCAGCCUCGUAGAUUUAGCAACAGGGACAGGGGCUAAUUAGUCAAAUUCACAGUUUUAGAUUUACUUGAGCUGUUUGCUAACCUUCAAAGGUUAGCUAGCGACAAGACAAGUAAGUCACAAUUUAAAAAAACAAACAACAAAAAGUAGCAUUCCUAAGACGAGCAUUUUGCUAGAGCAGUGGUUUGUCUCGGUGUGUCUCCCUAUAGUCAAGGCCUUUUUCUUUUUUAAAUAUAUAGAUUCUAUUUUUUAAUUAUAGUAUAUUUUUGUGUGAAACAGACAGGUAAAGAGGAAGUGUGCAAUCAGUACCAUUUGCUGCUAGCUGGCAGCGAGCUCCUCUUUACCUCUGUCUGCUGUGUUUUUUGUAAUUCAGCUCUGUGCGUUACACACUGCCAAGCAUCAAAGGGAGAGGCUUCUGUUGUUAUCGCAGUUCUUUCUUUCCUUGGUGCCCUCACUGGUUUGGUCUUGAACUUUUACGUAACUUGAUUUCGGCAUCUAACUCCUGAGCGUGACCAUUUCGGCUAUUCUAGGAGCAGGAGAACAGGGCAAUAUAGAUGCACUUGAUUUCUUUUUUUUUCUAAUUUUCAGACACUGCGGGACACUAAGGCCUUUUACACAUUUCAUUUCUCAAAACCGCCGAAAAGGUUUCGCUCUCAGCUGCGGGAUGAUUUAGAAUUUUCCCUCGUGGUUGUGGUGAAUUAAAGUUUAUAUCGUGUUUAGAGAAAUGAUGUACCGGCCUAGCAUUGAUAAAUGCUCAACAGGAAACUGCUCCGUUUAUGCUUUACUGCCACUGAUGCCACAGUCCUGAAAUUUAGUUUUGAAGGAAAUACAGCAUUUCAGAGCAAAUGUGUAUAAAGCCUUAGCAGCCUUGUGUCUUUUUAUCUUCCCCACCACCUGAGUAAACCAACCUGCCCCUCUUUGCUCAACUCACUUUUUGAAAUUCCUUGUCUGCGCGUGUGAGUGUAUGUGUGCACAAGUGCUUUAAUGUGUAUGUGUGUGUGCAUGUGUGAGUGUUAGAAUAGCUCAGUCUUGGGAAUAUCCCCAGUUUAUCCUGACAGAUUAGGCCGCUUAACUCUCAGAGUGAAGGCACGUUGUUUCCUUGAUCACUGAAGUACGAUGAACAGAGAGGUUACCAGAACUGUUGGCCCGUUCCAACCUUAACACACCCCCCACAUACACAUAUAUUUAUCCCCAAACAAAGCAAAAGCAAACCACAGAAGAUUACCAAAGACCAGAAUUCCAUGCUUAUGCUGCCAAUUGCCAUCAAAAACAAGCGGAUAGGAAGAUGUUACCCAAGCUAUCCCAGUCUGUCUCAGAUAGCUUACACCCUUACUCUACCUAUAGGAACUUUGAACUCGUACACACUGUUUAUGUGGUGUGUCAGUUACGGCUUGUGAGUGUGCCAUCCUACUAAACGUAUGCAAGUUAAACCAAAACUUGAGGACCGCAUGCUUCAAAUCUCAAAACUACAUUAGCCUUCCCCUAAUUAUGUGUAUCCAGGUUUGAAGAGCUUCUUUAAUCUGUAACUAGUUUGUAGACACAUGAUCCUAUAACUAAUUAUAGCACAAGUCUUCUUUUUUGUGUGUCUCCACAAUGCUGCCAAUUUUUCAGAGGACAAAAAAAAAAUCAAGAUACAAACUACAGCUAUUAGACAAACCCGAGAAAAACAGUGAAAUCUGCAUCUGUUUGGUGUUGUAAUAUGGGGGUGUUUUGGGGAUAAGGGGUCAAUAUCCUCAGGUUUAAGCCACUAGUAAAUUCACCAUAAUAUGUACAAGGACAAAAACUGCAUGAGAAAAAGUAAAAUUGGAUUUUUUUGGCAAUAUCAAAUCAUCAUUGGGUUACAGAUGUGGUCCUUUUAGCCAUCUUACAGGAGUUAACCAUACAGUGGACUGAAGUGGUAUAACACUACUGAUUGGGGUAGGAUUUGUGUGUUCUCCAUAAAUCCAGCUGUUGUCCCGUGAGAGCUCAACCCUAUUGGUCACAAUAGUGAAAACGAAGUGAUUGCUCUCUUUUUCUGUUGCUUUACUGUCUGUACGAAAAGAAGUGUGCAUAAAUUUGAACACCGUGGCACUUUCUUCUUCUUCUUCUUCUUUUUUUUUAAAUGUUGUGACUCAUUCAUUUUCAAGCGGGAUGGGAAUAUGAUUCACUGGUGAAUAUUGUCUUACGUCAGCCUCAAGAACCGUUCAGCGAUCUCAGCGCUGUGUUCAGGUCAUUUAGGGGGAAUAAGUGUUUGGAGCCCCUUUUUUACAGGGCUCUUGAAUUUGUAACUCAAAUUUUGAAAGCAAACGAGCAAAAAAGAAGGAGACCAACGCAAAAUCCGCAACCUUAUUGAAAUGUUUGCCAUUAAGCCCUAAAGGGGGUGAACGCAGCAAUAGGAGGGAACCUUUUGAGUCUCUGAAUGUUCUUUGGAUGGCUAUCAGUUCACAAUAUUCUACUUAACAUAUGUUAACAUGUUUCUUUUGUUCUUUUUUUGAAACCAAAUAUUGUGUUUUUAUUUUGCAUCAGUUUAGUAAUAACUUCAGAUGUCACUGAGUUGUUUGUGUGUCAGCACUGAUGGGUAAAGGUAAAGAAAAUGGGAAGUUAGAAGGGCGGGGGAAAGUAUUUUUACCUUCCAAUAGUCCAGAGUGCUUAGAAUGACUCUACAGUUUACAUCAGAUUGCCGUUUGUAUCUACGAGAUAUUUUUUUGUUUAAAUCAGUUUAUUUUUGAGGAAAGACUUUUCUUUUUCUUUUUUUUGUCUUUUUGGGAGUGGGCUUUCUGAGAUGAUGGUCCAUAUUGCCCCUGGUCAUCUGGCCUUACAGGAGGGACAGGACUGGAAGAUCAUGGGCAAUGUGCUGGGCUGUAUGUUUUUUUUUUUUCUGUUUGCUUUUAUUUAUUGAUAAAUUUAUUGUGCUGUCAUUUGGUAUGGGAUUAGAAACUUAACAAGGUUGACUCAACGCAAAGGAGAGGAGACUGAAUGAGAAACUAAAGUACAUAAAAUAAUUGUAGUGUAAAUCUAUCAAUGUCUUAUUAUAUUGAUGAACAUCAUGAAAUAUAUGUAUAUUGGAAAAACUG